CGAGUUUACGUCUCCUGUUAUUGCUCGGAUUUGAUUUAAGCAUCAAAGAGUCUUCAAAACUCUUUUUUUCCAUCUUUGGUGUGCAGAUUCUACGUACAUCACAACAAUGGCUUUGACACCCCAGUGCUGCUGCCUAUGCAUUUGCCUGGCCAUAAGCUUGGCUUUAGGGUUCUUGGCUUCUCAUGCAGAGGGUCGGACGAGUCUUACUGGAAUGUUGUCUAUGAUGGAUAGGCAUGAACUAUGGAUGGGUGAACAUGGGCGUGUGUAUAAGGAUGCUAAAGAGAAGGAGAAGAGGUUCUUGGUGUUUAAGAAAAACGUGGAACGUAUAGAGGCUUUCAAUAAGGCUGGGAACAAACCAUACAAGCUAAGUGUGAAUGGGUUUGCAGACUUGGAGAAUGAAGAGUUUAAGGCAGCUCGUACUGGAUACAUGAUGAAAUCUACAGGGCAAAGUUCAUCGUCGAAUAGAGUGUUUAAAUACCAUAACGUGACUGUUGUGCCAAUUAGCUUUGACUGGAGAAGGAAAGGAGCUGUGACCCCCAUCAAAGACCAAGGCCAAUGCGGAUGUUGUUGGGCAUUCUCAGCAGUUGCAGCCAUAGAAGGAAUUACCCAACUGAAGACUGGCAAGCUAAUCUCUCUAUCAGAGCAAGAGCUAGUAGACUGUGAUAUAAAUGGCAUUGAUCAAGGCUGUGAAGGUGGACUCAUGGACAGUGCCUUCCAAUUCAUCCAACAAAACCAUGGCCUCACCACAGAAUCUAGCUAUCCAUACCAGGGAAUUGAUGGUAACUGCAGUACAGAGAAGGCUAUCUACCACUCAGCAAAGAUCACUGGUUACGAAGACGUCCCGGCGAACAACGAACAGGCGCUGCUCAACGCAGUGGCAAAUCAACCUGUCUCUGUAGCCAUAGAGGGAAGUGGAUUUUCCUUUCAGUUCUACUCAAGUGGUGUCUUCACUGGUGAGUGUGGCACAAAUCUGGACCAUGCGGUUACAGCAAUUGGAUAUGGUGUGAAUAAAGAUGGGACUAAGUAUUGGCUUAUAAAGAAUUCAUGGGGGACUAGUUGGGGUGAGAAUGGGUUCAUGAAGAUUCAAAGAGAUGUUACUCAAAAGGAAGGUCUUUGUGGCCUUGCCAUGAAAGCAUCCUACCCUACUAAAUAAAUCAAGAAUUAAGUGAUGAUGGAACUCACCACAGUGCUUCAUGUUUGUUAUUCAAGUUGGCCUCCUCAAGCCACUACAUGUUUAUUUAUUUAUAACUGAAAUGGUUGUAUCACUUAUAUUAUAUUCCAUAAAUGAAAAUUUGUACAUUUAUAGUGGUGUCAA